CACUAUGUGACAGCGGCGAGUCAGCGGCAGCAGCAGAGGCGAACAGCGCUGCGGACUACGCGCUGCUCUGGCGGCUGCUGCAACCGGGGCGGCGUCGGCGGACAGACGCGCGGACGGACCGGCGGACAGACUAGGGAGGACGCGGCUCCGCGCUUCUUUCGGGAGCCAGCAUGAACAGAUUCGCCGGAUUUGUCCCCAACCCCAGUAGCCCCACCAAGGAGCCCGUGGAGCCCACACCCAGUGGGGCCCAGCUCCAGGAGGAUGUCGAGAUGAGCAGUGGCUCCAGCGGAAAUGAAACCAACGAAAACUGCUCCACGGGGCGGGGCUCCCAGAGCAGCGACUGUGACGACAGCGGCAAGGAGCUGGGCAUGGAGCCGCCGGACGCCCGGCAGAGUCCGGACGCCUUUAGCUUGAUUAUGGCAAAAACUGACCACAACCCAUCUACAAGUGGCUGCAGCAGUGAGCAGUCUGCCAAAGCAGAUACACACAAAGAACUGGUCAGAACGCUCAAGGAGCUGAAGGUCCACCUCCCCGCAGACAAGAAGGCCAAGGGCAGAGCCAGCACACUGGCGACCUUGAAGUACGCCCUGAGGAGUGUGAAGCAAGUGAAAGCCAACGAGGAAUAUUACCAGCUGCUCAUGUCCAGUGAGAACCACACCUGCGGUGCCGACGUGCCCUCCUACACUGUGGACGAGAUCGAGAGUGUCACCUCCGAGUUCAUUGUGAAGAACGCGGACAUGUUCGCUGCGGCCGUGUCCCUGGUCACUGGGAAAAUCCUGUACAUCUCCAACCAAGUUGCCUCCAUCUUUCACUGUAAGAGGGACACCUUCCAUGAGGCCAAGUUCGUGGAGUUCUUGGCGCCCCACGACGUCAGCGUGUUCCACAGCUCGACCACGCCUUACAAGCUUCCGCCGUGGAGCGUCUGUAGAGGGGCAGAUUCUUUCACUCAAGAAUGCAUGGAGGAGAAGUCAUUCUUCUGCCGUGUCAGUGUCGGGAAGAACCACGAGAACGAGGUCCGCUACCACCCAUUCCGCAUGACGCCUUACCUGGUGAAGGUGCCGGGCCAGCAGGGUGCCGAGAGCCAGCUGUGCUGCGUGCUGCUGGCAGAGAAAGUGCACUCGGGCUACGAAGCCCCUCGAAUUCCUCCUGAAAAGAGAAUUUUUACGACGACACACACACCAAAUUGUUUGUUCCAGGACGUGGAUGAAAGGGCGGUCCCCCUCCUGGGCUACCUACCUCAGGACCUGAUCGAAAGCCCCGUGCUUCUGCAGCUUCACCCCAGCGACAGACCCCUGAUGCUCGCCAUCCACAAAAAGAUCGUGCAGUCCGGCGGGCAGCCCUUCGACUAUUCGCCCCUCCGGUUCCGUGCCCGCAACGGGGAGUACAUCACGCUGGAUACCAGCUGGUCCAGCUUCAUCAACCCCUGGAGCAGGAAGAUCUCCUUCAUCAUCGGGCGGCACAGAGUCAGGAUGGGCCCUUUGAACGAGGACGUGUUCUCCGCUCAGCCGUGCACAGAGGAGAAGGCCAUGCAACCCUGCGUUCAGGAGCUCACAGAGCAGAUCCACCGGCUGCUGCUGCAGCCCGUCCCCCACAGUGGCUCCAGCGGCUACGGGAGCCUGGGCAGCAAUGGAUCCCACGAACACCUCAUGAGCCAGACCUCCUCCAGCGACAGCAACGGCCACGAGGACGCCCGCCGGAGGAGAGCCGAAAUUUCAAAAAAUGGUAACAAGGUCAAAAACAAAAGUCAUUAUUCUGAUGAAUCUGGACAACAGAAGAAAAAAUCUGCUACAGAAAUGCAAUGCAGUUCCCCUGCUCAGAUGACAGCUACCCAGGCCAUGGAGGGCAGCUCAGUCGCCAGCCCACCCAAGGCCGCCUUCCCCGAGGAGCUGGCCUGCAAAAGCCAGCCAGCCGGCUCUUAUCAGCAGAUCAGCUGCCUGGACAGCGUCAUCAGGUACCUGGAGAGCUGCAGUGAGGCCACCACCCUAAAGAGGAAGUGUGAGUUCCCCGCCCACGUCCCCACGCAGAAGGCCAGCGACAAGCGGAAGGCCAGAGGCAUCCCCGGGCUGCUUCCCACAGAGGUGGCGGUGCCCUCCACAGUGAACAGACGCGCGGACGUCGGCGCGCACUUGCCCUCGUUGACGCUGCCGGGCAAGGCGGAGAGCGUGGUGUCCCUCACCAGCCAGUGCAGCUACAGCAGCACCAUCGUGCACGUGGGCGACAAGAAGCCACAGCCUGAGCUAGAGAUGGUGGAAGACCCUGCGAGCGGGCCCGAGUCCCUGGACAGCCGCCUCGGCCAGGACAAGGAGCCCUUCAGGAGGCUGGGUCUCACCAAGGAGGUGCUGGCCGCCCACACACAGAAGGAGGAGCAGAGCUUCCUACUCAAGGUCAAGGAGACUAGGAGACUCAGUGUCCUCCAGUCUCGCUGCCAUUAUUACUUACAAGAAAGAUCCAAGGGGCAGUCGAGUGCAAGAGCUGCUCCUGGACUGAGAAAUACCUCGGGAAUAGACUCAUCUUGGAAAAAGUCCGGGAAGAACAGAAAACUCAAGUCCAAACGGGUCAAGCCUCGAGACUCUUCAGAGAGCACUGGGUCUGGGGGGCCCGUGCCCCACCGGCCCCCGCUGGUCGGCCUGAAUGCGACAGCAUGGUCGCCAUCAGACACCUCCCAGUCCAGCUGCCCCACAGUGCCCUUCCCUACCCCAGUGCCAGCUUACUCCCUGCCCGUGUUUCCAGCCCCAGCCAUCGUGCCAGCACCCGGGUCCGGGGCAGCAGCACCGGGGGCUCCCCACGCUAGCUUCGCAGUGCCCAUGGACGUCCAGCACGACUUCGCAGUCCAGCCUCCGCCGUUCACUGCCCCAUUGGCCCCAGUCAUGGCACUGGUGUUACCGAGCUAUGCCUUCCCCCCAGGGCACCCAAACCUGCCCCAGGCCUUCCUCCCCGGACAGCCGAACUUGUCGUCCCAGGUCCCUGCCUCGCAGCCCGAGUUCUGUGGUCGGACCUCACCCCCCAAACAGCUGUGCGCUUGUCCUCGGACAGAGCGUGGGCCACCGGUGUCACGUGUGACCACCCCAGCUACCCCUCUGUCGGCCGCCGGCCCCUUGGGCCGGGCCUCCCCGCCGCUCUUCCAGUCCCGAGGCAGCUCACCCCUGCAGCUCAACCUGCUACAACUAGAGGAGGCCCCCGAAGGCUGCCCCCCAGCCUCAGUGACAGUUGGGACCACAGGUGCUGGGCUGGACUGCAAAUCUGGCACAUCCUGGGACUGGCAGCCGAAGGCACCGCCAACCCAUGCUGAGCCCCCAGACGCCCAGAACAGCGACGCCCUCUCCACGUCCAGCGAUCUGCUCGACCUCUUACUGCGCGAGGACCUCUGCUCGGCCGCAGAGUCACCCCAGUCUGGAAGCGGGGCCUCCACCACCUCCGGAUCCCUGGGCUCCGGCUCGCUGGGCUGCGACGUGUCCAUAAGUGGGACAGGCAGUAGUGACACAAAUCACACCAGCAAGUAUUUCGGAAGCAUUGACUCUUCAGAGAACAAUCACAGAGGAAGAGCCAGGGUGGCCAUGCAGGAGAGCGAGCACUUCAUCAAGUACGUCCUACAGGACCCCGUCUGGCUGCUGAUGGCCGACACGGACGACAGCGUCAUGAUGACCUACCAGAUGCCUUCCCGAAAUUUGGAAGAGGUUUUAAAGAAGGACAGAAAGAAGCUGAAGCAGCUGCAGGCGCUCCAGCCCAGGUUCACGGAGGGUCAGAAGCAGGAACUGCAAGAAGUGCACCCAUGGGUGCGGUUGGGCGGCCUGCCUGUGGCCGUGGACGUGGCGGAAUGCGUUUACUGUGAAAACAUGGAAAAAGGCAACAUCUGUGUGCCAUAUGAGGAGCAUAUCCCUGCUCUGGGACUCAACGAAAUGACAGGCACCAAAGAAGAGGAAAAUGGACCCCCCCUGAGUCACAAAAACUAAGGGCGGACAUAACCCCGCCCACCUGCCCCACCAGCCUGUGAUCUACAUUAGAUGGUGCUGGAAGGGAGGAUGACAGAGCCUCACAUUUGUUUCUAAUGAAAUGGACAGAUAUACUUAACAUUGUUUUUUUUGUUUUAGAAAAAAAUAGUAUUCUGAAGGGGUGACUGAAAACUGGACAGUGGGAACGGUUUGGGAAGAAAUACAUUUUUAUAUUUAAAAUAUAAAUGUGGACUUUGGGGGACGGGGAAGAGAUUUUCGUUACUAUUUAACUUGAGAAAGACAGAAUCCCCCUUUUUUAGUGUCAGUGAACUUGCCAAAACGCUCGCAGAACUACUUGGGGUGCGCUGAGCCUCUGAGCGGCACAUCCGUGUCCACUGGCCUCCCGUGGGGUGUCCCGAGGCUGUGACCACAUGCGACUCGGAGCUGAGGGCACCCACCUCCUGGAACCUUUCCAGGGUGUGUUUGUACAGAUCAAAUUCCGUCCUCUCUCGGGGGCUGCUUUUUAUCUAAAUUAUUAUCUAGUCAAACUAGAUGUUUUUUACCAAGUGGAGAUCACAGCCUCUCCUACUUUUCUUUCAAAAUGUUUUCGCAUUAAAUGGUGUGAAGUGUAUGUAGUUUGGCAAACCAGCAGCUUCUGCUUCACGUACUGUGGUGGCAACAGAUUCUACGUGACGUAGCUUUCGUUUGGGGUGAACAAAGUUGAAAUGCUCGCUCUGCAUUAACAAAGCCUAGUGGUUUCAGAUUCAUACAUGGCCAAACCCUCCUGUGUGUUUCCAGAUCAUUCUGGGACCCUUUUCCAGACCAUGACCCAUUUGUAUGUUGUCCGUCAUCUCCUUAUGGUGACUGCCCUCUGCAAACCAGGCUUUGAUCACUGCAUUUGGGACCCAUUCGUGUUUGUUCUUCAUCUGACACCUCCCAGACAUGAGCUCUGGCCCUGGCAGAGAGCUGCCGCUGACACCGCGGGCCCCCAGUGACCCGUCGUGCAUUUCCCGGGGUGCUGUGCACUCACCUCUGCCCUAUGGGCUACGACGUGGGCCCUCGACCUCUGUGUGCCUCACCUCGCUUGGUGUACCUUCCGGUCUCUGAGGUAAUGUGCCCUAGUGUCACGGGUACUUUCAGGCCAUUGGGUGGGUGAGGCCAGUCUGCCCAACUUUUUGCCAAAUCUCAUGCUGCAUCAUAUAUCCCAAAGAUUGUUUGGAAUUUUCUUGGUCCCUGGAGUGAAUGAAAAGAUCCCACUGAUGAAAGAAUUGACUUAGAAUUGGACUGAGUCUGUAGAGACCAAAAGGAAGCAGGUUUUCUCUUGUCUUCUGCUGGAGAAGUGGCUGCUACAACAGGUGACGUCUGCUUGUCAUCCAGCCGGUUUCCAUAGUGACACCAUCUUAUGCCUGAAUAGUAAUUCUAUUUUUUUAUAAACUCAAACAGAAAACACUGUUUAAAUUUUUUUGAAUUUACAAAGUAGCAUCACCUUCAGAUUUGGCGUGUGUGGAAACUAGAUGCUGCAAACUGCUUCCUGACUCUGAUCUCGUCGUUAAGGGAUUAAACGAGAGUCAAGGUUACGUUUCUGCUCCCUGAACAUAAACUGCAGAAACGUUCUCCGCUGUUAUGAAUGUUCACCGUCAGCAUUAUUUCAUUAUUUUAUGUAUUCUCAUUGAUUAACUGUGUAUCUUCAACGUGCUGAGAAGGUGACAGUAGGAGCAUUUUGUGAAAUUGUUUACACGGUGCCACGCAUUGAGUCAUAUGUUUUCUUUAGAAUGUGUGCUUACACGGGUAUUAUAAAAACCUUCUCGAUUUUAAACUGAGCCUUCUUUUUAAUAUAUUCCUUAAAAAGGUCUGUAAAUAAGCUCUCCGAGUCUGUGUAAUGACUUGCCGGACAAGUGGUUUGUUCGUGAGCAAACCAAGCUUUCUCCACCCAGUGCAAUAUGUUUGUUUGACUGCUUGUGUCUUUUUAUGACUUUUUUGCCUUUUAGAAAAUUGGUAAAUAAAGCAAGUAUAUUUUUA